AUGAGAUACUCUUUCGCGAUGAUGGCCCUUGUGGGUGCUGUCUACGCUGCUCCCCAUGGCGGAGGUAACUACGGCGGACACAAGGGAUAUGGCGGAUCCUGGGGCGGAGAGUCCAAGGGUGUAGAGUCUAGCGGAGAGUGGAGUGGUGAGAGCGGCGGAGAGUCUGGUGGCGAGUACGGCGCAUCUACCGGUGGCUAUGCUAUGCCGUCUUCUGCCGAGUACGAUGUUCCUUCAUCCUCCGAGGCCCCAGCGAUCUCCAGUGGAUACGGCGGACCCCCUCCCGAGGCGUCCAGCACUCCUUGCGAUGAGGAAAGCAGUAGCGUCCCAGAGGUCUCGAGCACUGUCCCUCCAGUCGUAUCCUCAUCAACCUACACUCCGCCUGUUGUCACCUCCACCUACACUCCCCCGGUGGUUACUUCAACCUAUACUCCUCCUGUUGAAUCCUCCAGCACACCCUGUGAGGAGACCAGCACCCCUCCUGUCGUUACAUCCACCUACACUCCCCCAGUUGUGACUUCUACCUACACUCCUCCAGUCGUUACCUCAACUUAUACUCCACCGGUGGAAUCAUCCAGCACGCCAUGUGAUGAGACAAGCACGCCUCCUGUUGUCACAUCUACAUACACCCCUCCGGUUGUCACCUCCACCUACACUCCUCCUGUUGAGUCCUCCAGCACACCCUGUGAAGAGACCAGCACCCCUCCGGUUGUUACAUCUACCUACACUCCUCCAGUCGUGACUUCUACCUACACUCCUCCGGUCGAAUCCUCCAGCACCCCAUGCCCAGAUACAGAGACUGUUACCGUACCGCCCCCCAGCUCGACUCCCGAGGUCUCUACUACUACCAUUGUAGUCCCCCCACCAAGCUCUACACCGGAAGUUCCUGUAUCAUCGUCCACUCCUUGCCCGGAGACUGAGACCGUCACGGUGCCACCUCCAAGCUCAACUCCCUACGUGCCAGAGGAGACGACCAUUUACUCUACCAUCGUAGUUCCCCCACCAAGCUCCACGCCCGAGGUGCCAGAGUCGUCGUCUACUCCUUGCCCCGAGUCUAGCACGACCGUCGUUGUCCCUCCCCCUAGCUCGACACCUGAAGUUCCAGAGGAGUCAUCGACACCUUGCCCCGACACAACUACCACUGUUGUUGUACCUGAGCCCUCCACCUACCCUGUGGUUCCUCCUGUCAUUACCGAGUCUGUCUCGGUACCCGAGGUGUCUACCACUGUCAUCGUCCCCCCAGUAUCUUCUUACUACGCUCCUCCUCCUCCUGUCAUCACGGAAUCUGUCCCCAUUCCUGAGGCAUCUACCAGUGUUGUGGUUCCCGGUCCUUCGUCCUCUUACAAGGCCACUCCUCCUGCUUCGUCAUCCACCGGACACGUUUCUUCAGCUACCACCCCCGGCUAUCCUGAGUACACUGGUUCCGCCAGCUCCACCAAGCCCCUUGCUGCCUUCAUGGCUGGUGCCGCUGCUCUCGCUUACUUCGUCUAA